UGUAGCUAAAAUUAAAUAACUGUGUUAAAUUCUCAUUAUUUACUAUGUGAACAAGAUUCUAAGUUUUUAAAAGAACAAUUUAAAGCUAGCAUCUUUAGAAAUAUGAGUGAAGCAGAAAAUAAUAUUCAUAGCUCAGAUAACUCCUCUGAGUCGGAUAAAUCUCCGAAAACAUCAAUAUCGGAAAAUAACACUAAGUCGAAUGUAAGGACAAGGCUUCGGAAAAGAAAACGCUUGGACUCAAGCAGUUCUGAAGGUGAUGAUAGUGUACUAGCAGAGAAUUCAUUCCAAAUGGAAAAGAAUGUCCAUGCCUCGGCUAUCAAAAAUAACCUGGAUGAUGUUAGCGUUAAAAAAAUACUUAAGAAAGUGGUCACAAAUGACCAUGUAUUGGCUCUCGUAAAGUUAAGGGAAGAAGAAGAAAUUUUGGAAGAGAAAAUCAGACCUAAAUUAACUAGAGCUAAAGUCAAAGAACUAAUGAAAGAUUUACCAAAAUCAACUGGAUGGAAUUUAGAGAAUUUAGAAUUGACACCAAUUAAACAUAUUCCAGUGAAAACAAGGCCUGAAGUCAAAGCUCUCAUAGCCCAGGAGUUACCGGAGGAUGAAGAUGAUGAUGAGUACCAACCCACUCAUGAUGAUGUUCAGAGUGAUGAUGAUCAUACAAUGGAAUCUAGUAGCGAUGUAGACUCUCUGCCAAGAACACCUGCCACCCCGAAAUCACAAAGCUUGGUGUCUCCAAAAGUUGUUAAAGAUGGCCCAUUCAAAGUACCACAAAACAAAGUAACACCUACACGUCGCAAAUUAAACUUAGAAGAAGAAGCAACAAUCGCACUCAGAACUCGAUCUAAGUUAAGUUUAUCAGCAACACCAAUAGAGCAUAUAGAGAGUUCGUUUAUCCCACCUGAUGAUGUACCAACAGUGGAUGUUGACGAUCCUGUAUGGAAUGAGUUCUUAGAGGAGUGCCUCAACCCUGCCUCCGCAUUGGUCAAGAAUGAAGAUGAUGAUGAUGCGGAUCCUGAGUAUAAUGUUGCAGCUGAUCCUGAUAUACAUGAUGAUGAAGAGGAAGUGUUAGAUAACAGCAUAAUUAAAAUAUCAAAGAAGGAGCUCAACGAUCUGAUGACAGAACUGUUCAACAUCAUGCCGGAGCCGUCCACUGAAGAACUUGCAAGUAAAGUAACAGGAAAAAAUGCUUCAGAGAAUGGUGUUUGGGAGGGUAAGCAAGAAGCUAAAUCUGAUGAAGAGAGUGCACCAAACACUGCAAUAAACACAAAUAAUACAUGUUUCUCUAUUGGUAAAAAUGAACCGGAAGAUAUAGAAAGAGAAAGACAUGACGGUAAAGAAAAAGAGAGUAAGAAAGAGAUAGAAGAUCAAGUAACCAUGGUUACGACGGUUAACGAUGGUCAAACUGCAUGGAAUACAAUGCCAGUAACAAUUAUUGGAGAACAAAUAUCAUUAGCUACAAUCAUUCCUGCGCCAAAUGUGGUGUUAGUGGUGGAAGAGGCUGCAGGUGGAGCAGCUGGUGAGGAUGCGGAGUCCUGUCGGGCGCAGUCCCCGCCGCCGCAGCCGCCGCAGGUGCUGCAGGCUGAGCACACCGACCAACCUUUUGUCAUCGUGCAACUCUCCGCUGAACCAUCCGUAUUACCUGAACAGAUAUUAAUACUCGAACAACAGAUACGACAACACAUUCAGUUGGCGGCAUCUAACUUUCUGCAGCUCUUCACACAUCCCACUUACUGGUCAUAUGCACCUAAAUAUAAAGAAUAUUUGGAAACGUUAAACAAUGUGGCUUCUGCCAACCCCAAGUCUGUAGUGAACGUGUGCAACUUGAAGCCCGCCUUGGACCUGGUCACCACUUGGGAGAACACCGUUUCUGAAGUCACACCUGAAAACACAGCCAUGGUCGAACAUAUCAAAAAAGAAGUUCAAAGAAGUCGCAACCGUAGCGCGUCGUGUUCGCUGCACAUCGGCGACUUCCAUGACACGCUGAAGGACGUGGUGGCCAACAGCUGCGUGUUCCUCUACCCCCACCUGCUGCCCCCCAUGAUGUACCGACCUGACUCACUCAAGAGAUUCAAGUUCCUGCCGCCGGAGGAUAGAUUGAUAGCUCUGGGUCUGGACGAGUUCUGGUCGUAUGUGGAGGAGAACCCGGAGCUAUACCCGUUGAGGAACACGGGCGGGGGUCGCGCGGGUCUGAAGGCGGCCGUGCGGCUGCUGUGUCGAUAUAUGCUGACGUGGCUCGCUCCACACACCUUGCUGCAACACGUGCGCUACGUGCGCCGCAAUGACAAGGAGAACCCUAUAUGUAAAUUCUUCGAGUCCCGCAAGGUGGAACCUGUGCAGCACAAGUUGUUGCCGUACAACCCCAGGAUAACUCUGUACGAGCAGCCAGAGUACGAGAUGCCUCGGAUAUGGCUGAGGCACCUCGCUAAGACAAGCAAACGAUUUAGAGAUCAUCUGUACGGUCGUGACAAAGCAAGCGUAUUACAACCGAAAGGUGUUGAUAUCACAUUGGGAAAACAAAUAACACCAGAAUUAAAGAAACCUUUACCAAAUGAUGUUAUAAAAACGAAAAAAAAACCUAUCACAUACAUAACUCCAGAGACUUCUGAACAAAGUGACACUCAAAUAAUUUAUAUAGAAAAAGCUAAUACAUCUGAUAUACAAAAUAUAAACAAUGGGACUAUAACAGUUAAUUCUGUCUCGCAACCGAUUUGCAGUGCAUCAGAAAUAUUAACAAAUAACAAUUUAAUUGACAAACCAACCACAAAUGAAGUAAAAUGCCAAGAAAAUGAACAACAAAAUAUAUCACAAAAAGGACAUUGUAAUUGUUGUGUUUUAUUAAGAAAAAUAUGUAAACAAAGACAGACUUUAAUCACAGAAUAUAUAAAACCAAAACGAUAUAAUUUAGUAAAAUGUCCAUGCAAAAGUUUACAACGACCAAAAAUAACUAAUAAACUAAGAAUGUUGUUAAGAUUUUUCAAACAUCGUUCAAUGUACGUACACAAAGAUAUGGCACAAAAGUUAUCACAAUGCAAGGAUAAAAAUGGUUUUCAUACAAAUUUAAAAGAUGACAGUAUUUUUGAAAUAGAAGAUAUUUCAGAUCCUAAUGAUUUAGCAUUUGCGACAUCAUUACAAAUGAAAAUGUUGAUCAGAUUGUCAUUAACAAGGAAUCCAUUUACUAAGAAGAACGCUUAUAUAAAUUUAUCACAAUUCGAUGUAGAAACAGGCGAUCCUGUUAAAUUAGCAAAAUCUUUAGAGAAGAUCUUCGAUGUGGAACUAGUUGAUAUAUUUAAAGAAUUCCUCAGAUGUCUAACACCGGAGCAGGCAGACAAAAUAAAUAGAUUUAAAGAUUAUUUCACACAAGCCUGUGCCCCGGAUCUAGUUAAACGGAUAUCGGAAGAAGUAACAGACAAAAAGAAGAGACAUGCGCUACUGUCUCGUCUGAUAAUGUCCUUCACGGAUAACAAGGCAUCUGCGUGUGACAUCUGUACUGACUUACUGACUCACAUGGACGGACAUGCACAACUCGCUGCACACACCUUCAAUCUCUUUCCUCAUAAGAGGUGUGACAGCAAAAAUGAACCACAACCAGUUAAAAGUGUAACUAUCCGACCGGAAUGUGAACUAGAAAAAACUAUAAACACUAACAUUGAACCUGAAUUAGUUGAAACUGUAACCGAUUGCGUUGAACGUGAACCAGUCAAAUCUGUAAAUCCAGUAUCUGAACAAAUUUCAACAGUUACCACUCGUAGUAUGAGCAAAGUUAAGGAUAAUGAGCCAUUUAGUGACCCAGAUGAACAGAUUAAUGCUCAACGACGCGAUUCUGAACAAGAGGUCAGAUUGACCAUAUGCGAAGAACCGGAAAAUAUGGACUGUGAGGAUCAUCAUUCAAGCCCAGAUCAUACAAAUGAUAAAGAUCUAAAUACUAAAGGAAUAGAAAAGGAACAGUUAGAAUUUGAAAUGAAUGAAGAAAAGUACAUUCCAAUUGAGGAAUAUACGGAAGAGGAUAUUUCUAACAGUGAUGGUAAAAAAUUAAAUUUGAGUGACAUUAAGGUUGAACUGAUCAUGUCUGAUGAUGAAACAGUGAAAUCAGAAGCCCCCGAGUGGCAGAGGUCCGAAGACAGAUUAAUUCUUGAAGUACUGAAACAGUCUUUUACCCGCGAGGAGCGCAAAAAUAAAACUAUCCUGGAUAUUGUUGAAGAAAUGGACGUUUUACAAAUCAUCACCGACAGUUUACCUCAUAAGUCAGUCAAAGAUGUCACCGAUCGUGUUAUGUAUUUAUUAGAUUUGUUAGUUAUAAGUGAAAACUGA